UCGCCCGUGUUCCUGCAAAUACCCGUCCAUGCCCGCUCGUCCCGGCUGGCCGCAUUUCUGGCCUCUUCUUCGUCAUAUUCCUUUUCAUGUGCCUUUGAGACGCUGUGAUUAUGAGAUUCCCGUGGCUUGCGUUGCUUUUCGUAGCUGGUCCGGGGCCUGUCCUUGGUGACCUAGAUGUACGACAAGUCUUGAGCAGCGCUCCGGCGGCCCCGAGUAACUCCGCCUCUACGGAGGUCCUAGUUUCCUCUCCCACUUCAUCCGUCUUUUCUGCUCCGACGUCUGUCCCGGCUCCGACGAUCAAUAGUAGCGUAUACGACCUCUCGCAGCAUUUCUGCCGCAUCUGGAGACAUGCAAGUGUCUUAGCCGAUGGAAAGAUCUACGUUGAUGGCGGCAAUACGUAUGUGCCGAAGAACAACAAAACAUUCUACAAUACCGAAGCCGGUCAAUUUGACGGGGGAAUGCACAGCCAACUCCUGGUUCUAGACCUCUCACAAGAUUUCACAAACCAGGAGACCAGCCCGUACUCGUCCGUCUUCAAGAGCCCCGACGUCCCCAACGGCCUCAUCGAGCACGCGAUGUGGUACUCUCAAACCACUCGUAAGGUCUAUCAGCUAGGCGGGUGGUUCUCCUUCAACAGCCUCAAUAACCCGGCCUUCGUUGCCGACAAGGAUAUCCCCGAGCCGGCCAUCUGGGAGUUUGACGUUGACGGCGAGAGUUGGUCCAAGUCGACUGACUUCAAGGUGUCGAACAAUGGCGAGAUUGUGGACAGGCCAGGCGCUGCUUCUUUUUGUGACGCGCCGACGUUGAACAGGAGUUACAUCUUUGAGGGUUACGUGCAGAGGAGAUCGGGUCCUGAGAAUGCCGCGUAUGCAUCUUCGUCAGACUUUCGGUUCCUCGAAGGCAUGCUUGAGCUUGAUACUGCGGAGCGCUCGCAGCCGAGGCUCACCAACAUCUCCGUUCCGACGUACGUUGGCCCGCGCAUGAAUGGCGCAAUGGUCCACGUCCCCGUCGGCGAAAAGGGCAUCGUUGUCAAUAUUGGUGGCCAGACUACGCGCGACCCAACGCCUUUCGGUAUCCGAAUCGAGGGUGCCAACGCAGGAAACGUCAAUACAAACCUCUCCUUCGUAGACAUCUACGACAUCGAAACAGGCUUCUGGUUCCGCCAAGAAACCUUCGGCCUCCCCGACAUCCCAACAGGCCGCUCCGACAUCUGCGCCGUCCUCGUCUCCGCCGCCGAUAAAUCCUCUUGGAACAUUUACAUGAUCGCCGGCGUCGAGAACUACAACAACUACAUCACCUCGGAAGAGAUCUGGGUCCUCACCCUCCCGACCUUCACCUGGAUCUUAGUGCACACCCGUGCCGACGGGAUGUACGGCCACACCUGCCACGCCGUCGGCGAGAACCUGCUCAUCGUAGGUGGCAUGCAGACCAAGACCGACGGCGGGAAUGUGAAUACCUGUGCCGAGCACAUGCCCGUCGAGAUCUUUUCGCUCGCAAGCCAGAAUUAUACGGGACGAUAUGAUACCCAGGCUGCGAAGCGUCUUGCGCCCGUGCCGUCGCAGGUUGUCGCCGCCGUGGGCGGGACGUCGUCAGGGGGCGCGAGUCAGAGGGCCACGAGGGCGUGGAGUGAUGUGUACUUGCAGUACAUCUUUGAUUCGUCACUGAGGAGGCCGGCGUAUACGCCCGAGUAUACUCUCGUCGUGGAGCCUAGCAGCACGGCGACGCCUUCGUCGUCUGCUUCACCAACGCCUCAGCCGGAUUCCGGUGGUCCGUCCAAGGGGGCUAUCGCAGGAGGUGUAGUAGGUGGUGUCGCUGCUAUUGCACUGGUGGGACUCGGGGCCUUCUUCUUGCUUCGGCGCAGGAAGAGGAGGAGGGCGGAUGAGGCUGCUGCCACGCAAGUAUCGCGACAGAGUGCCAUGUCGGAGCUGCCAGGGUACACCCCCUAUUCCUCACCCGAACCGAAGCCGGGCUUCCUCGACUCGCCAACGUCUCCUGGUCAUCACCACGACGUACAUGCUCAUGCUGCGGAGCUCGAGGUUCCGGCUAGUGCGAGCGAGAUGCCGAGUAGUCCGCGGUAUGGCGGCUCGUCGGUCGAGAUGGGGAGCGAUGCCACGGCGAGCCCAAGGGUCGGUGAUAUUAGCCCGCGGGUAGGUGAUGUGAGCCCGAGGGUUCCUGGUGAUGUUAGUCCUACGCUUGGGGAUGAGGGGUACGGGUACCAUGAAGGGCGGCAGGCGGGACAUCACCCUGGACGGUGAUUUUUGCUCCGGUAAUGGUGUGUUUGGCGCAAGGUCAAAGUUCGCGGAUUAUGGUGGAUCUUCGCUGGAUGGAGGGCUUCGGAAGUCAGGUCACCAUUCUGGAAAUAUUCGAUUUUCCUAAGGAAAAGACGUCUGCGAUCUUUUAUCAGGCGUCAUAAUAUCUGUCACUCCGAAAAUCUUUUGAAAUACUAAGUUUGAGGAUCAAAUCAUCCUCG